GCGCUCGGUGGCCGGCGCCGACGGUCGUGUUGGUUGGCGGCGCCGCUGGGGCGGUUGGUAGCCGCCGCCGAGGCCAGGGCGGCGGCAGAAGAUGGUGCCGGGGGCCGCCGGCUGUGCUGCUGCCGCGGGCGGAGGAGGCGCUGUCGGUUCUUUGAGAUUCACCAGUAGUGCCACUCAGUUGCCAAUAUCAAGCAAACACAUAUAAGCCACUUGUAAUCUUUUAAGAAAAGCAGUAAUACUCUUCACAAUACCUGGCGGAACUGCAUUGGAGUGUGAGGUACAGCUCACAGAUUCCAGAAAGAUCAUCAUGAAGUUAUAUGUGUUUCUGGUUAACACUGGGACCACUUUGACAUUUGACACUGAGCUAACUGUGCAAACUGUGGCUGACCUUAAGCAUGCCAUUCAAAGCAAAUACAAGAUUGCUAUUCAGCACCAGGUGCUAGUGGUCAAUGGAGGAGAAUGCAUGGCUGCAGAUCGAAGAGUGUGUACCUACAGCGCUGGAACGGACACAAAUCCAAUUUUUCUUUUUAAUAAAGAAAUGAUCUUAUGUGACCGUGCACCUGCUAUUCCUAAAACUACCUUUUCAACAGAAAAUGACAUGGAAAUAAAAGUUGAGGAGUCUCUUAUGAUGCCUGCAGUUUUUCAUACUGUUGCUUCAAGGACACAACUUGCAGUGGAAAUGUAUGAAGUUGCCAAGAAGCUUUGCUCUUUCUGUGAAGGUCUUGUCCAUGAUGAACAUCUUCAGCACCAAGGCUGGGCUGCAAUCAUGGCCAAUCUGGAGGACUGUUCAAAUUCAUACCAAAAGCUUCUUUUCAAGUUUGAAAGUAUUUAUUCAGAUUAUCUGCAAUCCAUAGAAGACAUCAAGUUAAAACUUACUCAUUUAGGAACUGCGGUCUCAGUAAUGGCCAAGAUCCCACUGUUGGAGUGCCUGACCAGACAUAGCUACAGGGAAUGUUUGGGAAGACUGGAUUCUUUAAGUGGACAUGAAGGCUCAGAGAAAGCUGAGAUGAAAAGAUCCUCUGAACUGGUGCUCUCUCCUGAUAUGCCUAGAACAACUAACACAUCUUUGUUAACCUCAUUUCACAAGUCAGUGGAGCAUGUAGCUCCAGAUCCCACCAAUGCUGAAUGUGGCAAAGAACUUAGGGAAUCUUGUCAAAGUACUGUCCAGCAAGAAGAAGCUUCAGUAGAUGAUAAAGACAGUGAUCUGCCUUUUUUUAAUGUUUCCUUGUUAGACUGGAUAAAUGUUCAAGAUAGACCCAAUGAUGUGGAAUCUUUGGUCAGGAAGUGCUUUGAUUCUAUGAGCAGGCUUGACCCAAAGAUUAUUCAACCAUUUAUCUUAGAAUGCCAUCAAACUAUUGCCAAACUUGAUAAUCAGAAUAUGAAAGCCAUUAAAGGGCUUGAAGAUAGGCUGUAUGCCUUGGACCAGAUGAUUGCUAGCUGUGGCAGGCUGGUAAAUGAACAGAAAGAGCUUGCUCAGGGAUUUUUAGCUAAUCAAAUGAGAGCUGAAAACUUGAAGGAUGCAUCUGUGUUACCUGAUCUGUGCCUGAGUCAUGCAAAUCAGCUAAUGAUUAUGUUGCAAAACCACAGAAAAUUGUUGGAUAUUAAACAGAAGUGUACCACUGCCAAACAAGAGCUAGCAAACAAUCUACAUGUCAGACUGAAGUGGUGUUGCUUUGUGAUGCUUCAUGCUGAUCAAGAUGGAGAAAAACUGCAAGCACUGCUCCGCCUUGUGAUAGAGCUGUUAGAAAGAGUCAGAAUUGUCGAGGCUCUUAGCACAGUUCCGCAGAUGUAUUGCCUAGCUGUUGUUGAGGUUGUAAGGAGGAAAAUGUUCAUUAAACACUACAGAGAGUGGGCUGGUGCUCUAGUCAAAGAUGGGAAACAAUUGUAUGAAGCUGAAAAGUCAAAAAGGGAAUCCUUUGGGAAAUUAUUUAGGAAAUCCUUUUUAAGAAACCGUCUGUUUAAGGGACUGGACUCUUGGCCCCCCUCAUUUUGUACUCAGAAGCCUCGAAAAUUUGACUGUGAACUUCCAGAUAUAUCAUUAAAAGAUUUACAGUUUCUUCAAUCAUUUUGUCCUUCAGAAGUGCAGCCGUUCCUCAGGGUUCCCUUACUUUGUGACUUUGAACCUCUACACCAGCAUGUACUUGCCCUACAUAAUUUGGUAAAAGCAGCACAAAGUUUGGAUGAAAUGUCACAGACUAUUACGGAUCUGCUGAAUGAACAAAAGGUGUCCACAAGUCAGGCAUCCCCACAGUCAGCUGCUUCUCCAAGGAUAGAAAGUACAACUACUACCUCACCAAAAACUCCUCCUCCACUAACUGUUCAGGAUCCCUUAUGCCCAGCAGUGUGUCCCUUGGAAGAAUUAUCUCCAGAUAGCAUUGAUGCUCAUACAUUUGAUUUUGAAACCAUCUCCCAUCCAAAUGCAGAACAAACUAUUCACCAAGCUUCAUUAGACUUGGACUCAUUAGCAGAAAGUCCUGAGUCUGAUUUUAUGUCUGCUGUGAAUGAGUUUGUGAUUGAAGAAAAUUUAUCGUCUCCAAACCCUAUAAGUGAUCCACAAAGUCCAGAAAUGAUGGUGGAGUCACUUUAUUCGUCAGUCAUCAAUGCAAUAGAUAGUAGGCGCAUGCAGGACACAAGUGCACGUGGAAAAGAGGGGUUUGGAGAUCGUGCUGCUCUGCAUGUCCAGCUGGAGAAGUGCAGAGUUGCUGCCCAAGACUCUCACGUCAGUAUACAAACCAUCAAGGAAGAUCUGUGCCAUCUCAGAACAUUUGUACAAAAAGAGCAGUGUGACUUAUCAAAUUCUUUAAAAUGUACAGCAGUAGAAAUAAGAAACAUUAUUGAAAAAGUAAAAUGCUCCCUAGAAAUAACACUAAAGGAAAAACAUCAGAAAGAACUCCAAUCUUUAAAAAGUGAGUAUGAAUGUAAACUUGAUGCUCUAGUAAAAGACAGUGAAGAAAAUGUAAAUAAAAUUAAAAAAUUGAAAGGAGAUUUAGUAUCCCUUGAAGAGGUUUUACAGAAUAAAGACAAUGAAUUUGCUUUGAUUAAACGUGAAAAGGAUGCUGUCGUCUUCAUGCAACAUGAAAAGGAUCAGAAGUUGUUAGAGAUGGAAAAUAUUAUGCAUACUCAAAAUUGUGAAAUUAAAGAACUAAAGCAGUCACGAGAGAUGGUGUUAGAAGACAUGAAAAAGCUACAUGUUGAAAAUGAUAAGAAAAUAGAAUCACUGAGAUCCGAAUUUCAGUGCUUAGAGCAAAGCCACCUAAAGGAACUAGAGGACACAAUGCAUGUCAGGCACACACAUGAGUUUGAGAAAGUUAUGACAGACCACAAAGUGUCUUUGGAGAAAUUAAAAAGGGAAAAUCAACAAAGAAUUGACCAGAUACUGGAAUCUCAUGCCUCGACUAUCCAGGAAAAAGAACAACAGUUGCAGGAAUUGAAACUCAAGGUUUCUGAUUUGUCAGACAUGAGGUGUAAAUUAGAGGUUGAGCUUGCCUUAAAAGAAGCAGAAACUGAUGAGAUAAAGCUCUUGUUGGAAGAGAGUAGAACACAGCAGAAAGAGACUUUGAAGUCUCUCCUUGAACAAGAGACAGAAAAUUUGAGAACAGAAAUAAGUAAACUAAACCAGAAGAUUCAUGAUAAUAAUGAGAAUUAUCAAGUGGGCUUAUCAGAGUUAAGAGCUUUAAUGACAAUUGAAAAAGAUCAGUGCAUUUCAGAGUUAAUUAGUAGACAUGAAGAAGAAUCUAAUAUACUUAAGGCUGAAUUAGACAAUGUAACAUCUUUGCAUCACCAAGCAUUUGAAAUAGAAAAAAACCUGAAAGAACAAAUAGUUGAACUGCAGAGUAAAUUGAACUCAGAACUGAAUGCGCUUGAAAGACAAAAAGAUGAAAAAAUAACCCAACAAGAAGAGAAGUAUGAGACUCUUAUCCAGAACCUUGAGAAAGACAAGGAGAAAUUGGUCAUGAGCCACGAACAAGACAAAGAACAGCUAAUUCAGAAACUUACUUGUGAAAAAGAUGAAGCUGUUCAAACUGCACUAGAUGAAUUUAAAUUGGAGAGAGAACUUGUUGAGAAAGAGUUAUUAGAAAAAAUUAAACAUCUUGAGAAUCAAAUAGCCAAAAGUCCUGCCUUUGAAUCAUCCAGAGAAGAUUCUUCAAGCUUAGUUGCUGAACUUCAAGAGAAGCUUCAGGAAGAAAAAGCUAAGUUUCUAGAACAGCUUGAAGAACAAGAAAAAAGAAAGAAUGAAGAAAUGCAAAAUGUUCGAACAUCUUUAAUUGCUGAACAACAGACCAAUUUUAACACUGUUUUAACAAGAGAGAAAAUGAGGAAAGAAAACAUUAUAAAUGAUCUUAGUGAUAAGUUAAAAAGUACAAUGCAACAACAAGAGCGUGAUAAAGAUUUGAUAGAGUCACUUUCUGAAGAUCGAGCUCGUUUGCUUGAAGAAAAGAAAAAGCUUGAAGAAGAAGUGAGUAAACUGCGUACUAGCAGUUUUAUUCCCUCGGCACCUCUGGUUGCAGCCCCAGAGCUUUAUGGAGCUUGUGCACCUGAGCUCCCAGGUGAGACAGAGAGAUCAGCCGUGGAGACAGCAGAUGAAGGAAGAGUGGACUCGGCAAUGGAGACAAGCAUGAUGUCUGUCCAAGAAAACAUGCUAUCUGAAGAGAAACAGAGGAUCAUGCUUCUAGAACGGACAUUGCAGUUGAAGGAAGAAGAAAACAAGCGGUUAAAUCAAAGACUGAUGUCUCAGAGCAUGUCCUCAGUAUCUUCACGGCAUUCUGAAAAAAUAGCCAUUCGAGAUUUUCAGGUGGGAGAUUUGGUUCUCAUCAUCCUAGAUGAGCGGCAUGACAAUUAUGUGUUGUUUACUGUUAGUCCUACUUUGUAUUUUCUGCAUUCAGAGUCUCUUCCUGCCCUGGACCUCAAACCAGGUGAGGGAGCUUCAGGUGCAUCUAGAAGACCGUGGGUCCUUGGAAAAGUAAUGGAAAAGGAAUAUUGUCAAGCCAAAAAGGCACAAAACAGAUUUAAAGUUCCUUUGGGGACAAAGUUUUACAGAGUGAAAGCUGUGUCAUGGAAUAAGAAAGUAUAGCCACAGAAGAAAUCUACAUCUGAUACCAUUUUCUGAUUUGUCCUCUAGUGCUAAUAAAUCACUCCAAAACAACCGGCCAUCCUUUUUUACAAAAGUCAACAUGACAGUAUGCUUCAUUGGUGGACUGCACUUACCUUUUAAGUGGAUACAUCUUAGGAACAAUAAAUUCAUCAAAAUUCUUGGCUGAAUCAAGAUGGUUUUGUUUUGUUUCCACCCAAAUAACUAGAAAUGCGGACCAAACUAGUUAAUGUUCUCCAAGGGCAAAGCCUGCACUGUGGCUUGUGACUAGCCUCAUUAAUUGCCUGUUAAUAAACAUUAGCUGAAUAGAUACCAGUGUUGUUGUUACCAGCAUUUGUUCUGUUGUAAACUCAAGAGUCCUUGCACUCUUUAACACGUUCUUUAUAAAAUGUGUAAAUCCUUCCAAGCUAUUUAAAGACGAGUGUUAUUGCAUGCAGAUAAUCGUAAUUUUGAGUUUGCCUCAGAAGACUGCUAACAAAUUCUUUAAUUUUUUUAAAAUACCCUUUGAUGUUUCAAAAAAUUAACAAUGUAAUUUGACUGACUUUAAGAUCGGCCAUAAAUAAUGAGCAAUCUUCAAAAGCACUUUUUCCACACAGAUCAUCUGGUCUCCCAGGGAAGAAAAGUCUGCACCACUGAUAUUUUCAAGUGCAGGACUCAGACUUCUCAGCUCUUAGGACUGUUUCAAAUAAUCAUAUUGAUGAACUCUUAAUUCAUGAUUGAGCUUCAAAAAAGAUAUUCAUUGUACAUUAACAUUUAGAGGUCAUUUAAAUAACAAAAUAGUGUAUUGUAAAGGACCUGUACAAUUUUAAGACAAUAAAGAAUUAAAAAUGUAAA